AUGUUUGAAUUUAUGACGCCUUACAAGAUGUUUGAAUUUAUGACGCCUUACAAGAUGUUUGAAUUUAUGACGCCUUACAAGAUGUUUGAAUUUAUGACGCCUUACAAGAUGUUUGAAUUUAUGACGCCUUACAAGAUGUUUGAAUUUAUGACGCCUUACAAGAUGUUUGAAUUUAUGACGCCUUACAAGAUGUUUGAAUUUAUGACGCCUUACAAGAUGUUUGAAUUUAUGACGCCUUACAAGAUGUUUGAAUUUAUGACGCCUUACAAGAUGUUUGAAUUUAUGACGCCUUACAAGAUGUUUGAAUUUAUGACGCCUUACAAGAUGUUUGAAUUUAUGACGCCCUUACAAGAUGUUUGA